AUGUUCAGACUUAAGAACUACAAAUUCUUCAGUUCUUUCAAGAGAAGGACUCUCUUCAGAGGAGCCAUUCUGGCUUCUAUUUAUGGAGUCCAUCAGCUUACUAAGAAGAGAGGGUUUGAUUCUCUCGAGGAUGAAAUGAAGCUGAUUUUCCCUUCCAUUUCUCAAGAUAACAAAAGAGUUGAGAUUAACAACUAUUAUCAGCUAGAAUCCUUGGUCAAUAGUGCUUAUAGGAACGAUGUGCUUAUGAAGAUCAGCAAGAUUCAGGACACAACCAGGGAAAACCUUGGCAUUUCGAACACUGUUGAAGAAGAGAAGCCGAAGAGAAGGAGGAGAUUCAAGAAGUAUGACCCUGAUGCAGUUGAGAUUGAUAUUACUGGGUUAUCAGCUAUAAAGAAAAUACACCCUGAAGAUCGUAUCUGUGUUGUAGAAGGAGGUAUACAGGUUAGCGAUCUUAAUGAGGCUCUUAAAGAGCAUGGACUGAUGUUCCCUACGCCUCUUUUUCCUCAUAAGACCAUUAUGGAAGUGAUAAAUGAGAAUAUCCUUCUUUCGGAUUCGUAUAAAAGCGGGGCUGUUAAAAAUCAUAUAGAAGAUAUCAACUUGAUGACUCCUUCUUCAAAGCUAGUGAAGACUGGAAAUCUAACAGGAGACGAUUUCUGUUAUGGAUAUCAUAUCAAAGAUAUCAUAGUUGGUAGUCAUUAUUCGCUUGGAUUUAUCACUGAGUGUACCCUAAAAUUAAGAGAAAUCAGGCCGUAUGGUCUCUUGGUGACAGUUCAGCUAGAUUCAGACAGCGAAAAGGAUUAUCUUAAUCUUUUAAGAAACAUAAGGCAUUACGAUGGAUAUGAAAACAUCAUUGACUCUAUCAGGCUGUAUAAUGGCUCUACAUUUGUAAACCCAGCUGGAAAGGAUAUUGAUGGUAAUAAAAAGCUUAUAGCUUUUUAUUCCUACACCAAUUCUGAGGAAAAGCAAGCAAAAGUAUUACAGGAUUUAGAGAAACUCAUUUCAAAAGAGAUAAGUGGGAGCUACACUCACAACGUCAUUAAAUUUGAUUAUGAUGACUAUAAGUACACUAACCUGACCAAGCCUGAAGAGUGGAGAAGCUAUCAUCUUGACUGUUAUCUUCCUAUUACGAAAGUGCCAGAGAUUCUUGACCUUGACAUGCCAGCAAUUCGAACUAAAUUUGAAAAAGGAAAGCCACAGGAAGUCAUCAGGGAAUCUCAUAAAGCUUUUGAAAAUACAAAAUAUGAGCUUCAUUUGAUUAAUAAUGCAGCUCUUCUGCGUAUUUUCUUAGAUUGUGAUUUUCAUGCUGAUGGAAAGAGCACAGAAGGAAAAGUAGUUGCCCCUAAACAUUUCUCAUCAUCCUGGAUCGAUCGUGUCACUUCAAGUGUGCUCUUCAAAAAGGGAGUAAUUUAUGCAAAGAAAGAAGUUCUAGACGAUGCUGAUCCAAAUCUCGUCACGAGAAUUAUCGGCACAGAAAGCGAGCAAAUCCAAAAGGAAAUCAAACGUAUCUUCGACGACAAGGACCUUCUCGAAAGAAAAAGCCUAUUCGACGCUUCCCACCCAUCCCUCACCCAAAGAAUCAAAGACAUCCAUCCAAUCUACAACUACAUAUUAUCUAAAUUCCUAUAACCC